CACCGCGCGCGUGCAAAGGCGCCUUUCGCAGUUGUUCAUGUCAACAAGGAGGAGGAGGAGAGGAGAGGCGUCAUUUACAACAUCUAAUGCAUGCGUAUAGUAACACGCUAGUUUUGCGGGUCGAUACGCCAGUGUUUCAGUACUCCAUUUAGCAGCCUUUUUCGUUUAAGGCCGACAUGGCACCGUUCAAUUUAAUGACAGCAGGUGUUAGCCUUCUGGCUAAGUCCUUCAGUGUGCUCUCCUGCACAAGUGCUCUGGCAAGGUGUACCAGUGUCCUACCUGCUGCAUAUAUCAACCCAGUGAAAUGUCUAACCUCUCAGGCCAGUGGCCCCCCAAAGAGACCUCUGAAUGGAUACAUGAGAUAUGUUCAACAACAGAAGCCUAUUGUGACCAGACAAAACCCAGAAAUCAAAGUAGUGGAUCUUGUUAAGAAGAUUGCCCAGCAGUGGAGAAUGAUGAGCCCAGAGCAGAAACGGCCUUAUCAGGACGCCUUUGUCAAAGCCAACGAGCAAUUCAAGGUGGACCUGCAGCACUACCAGGCCCAGCUGACUCCAGCACAGCUCCAGCAACAAGCCCUGGAGAAAAGGCAGAGACUGGACAAGAGGAGGGCCAUUCGAAAGAAGAGGGAGUUAAGCAGCCUGGGGAAACCCAAGCGUCCUCGCUCCCCUUUCAACAUCUUCAUGUCAGAGCACUUUGAGGAGGCUAGAGGAGUCACCACCCCGGCAAAGAUGAAGUCAUUGUUGGAGGACUGGAGGAAUCUGUUCAGCCAUCAGAAACAGGUCUACACACAGCUUGCAGAAGAUGACAAGAUUCGCUACAAGAAUGAGAUGAAGUCGUGGGAAGACCACAUGGUGGAGAUUGGACGAGAGGACGUGGUCCGAGAGCAGACCCUGUCUGCCAAGAAGAAAGCCACUGCUAAAAGUACAGCAGCCAAGAAAGAAACAAAGAAAGCUAAAGUAGUGAAGAAAGCCACUGGUGGAGGAAAGUCAAAAGCAACCAGGAAGACAUCGAAAAGUAUCUCCGCAAAAACUGCUUCCCAAAGAUCUACCAAGAAGUCAUAAGAUGUAUUUAUAUUGUGAGACCAGAGGAUAAAGAUGUGUUUAUGACAGCUGAAUACAGGAGAUCUGAUGAGCCUGGGCUCUGCUCUGCUUUGUUUUUUUAAAGCCACAAAGUCUCCACUUCUAAUGAAUGCUCUUAUAGUCCAACAUGACAAAGCUUUUCACAGCACCUGGACAGAUUAAGAUCAUUUCACACCACAUCAGCGUCUCUUUUCAUUGAACAUUACAGCAAAUAAAUCCUAAAACAGUAUUUUUAAUGAUACAUUGUUCUCACUCUCUUCAAAUACACAUCAAAAUAAUGUAGACAUUUUUCAGUCUGUAAUGUUUAGAAGGCUUUGUAGCCCAACCACAGUGUAUUUAAGGAGAAUGGGAAGGAUUCUGUUGCCGUCCAAAAUGACCACACCUGUUUUCUAUUUUUGGUAUGUCAUAGAGUAAUAAUGUAAAUGUGCUUUUCAGUUUGAUUAGAUGUGUUGACUUUGUUAACAGUAGCAUUCAGAAAGCAGUGUGCUCGUUGGUUGUAAAAUCCUCGACGGUGUUUCAUUUGACAGUACAUCUGUUCUCAUAAAUGCAGCCUGACUGAAUUCUUCGUAUCAAUACUGGUAUCAGUGUAGCAUAAGCUUCAUUUGCAACCUGAAAAUGUGAAAUCCUGCUAUUUCUCCUUUAUGGCAAGAAACGUUAUUAACUGACUCUUCCAAUUUUGCAUGGCUCCAGUUAAGAUUUAUAGAAGAUGCUUUUUGCUCUGGUAAAAGCUGGAGAAAACUGUAAGGAGUGAUAAUAAAGUUAGCUUUUUAUUAUUUCCCUCCAAUGAGAAAUGCCAGUUCAUUCUGACUUCACUGUGUGAAGCGAGUCUUUUGCUACAUGUCUCAAACAUGAAGGAUCUUUGGCUAAUGUCAGUUAAUCCUAACAUCCAUCAUCUUUCUGGUCUGCUGUGGUCACCCACACUGGUUCAUUAUUUUUAGUACUGCUUGUGUUUUUGGUUUGUAGAAUGUAUUUAGUGCUACCAUAUUAACUGCAUUUAAAUACAGCUUGUUUCCUAUGUGUUGUGUAUUUUAUCAAUAAACAUUUAUAUACACUUCUAAACUGAA